AUGCUAGAGUAAGAUACCUUCAAGCAAACUCACCUGGAACAACAGUUCAUAGACAACUGCAAAGCUUCAAAAUGCCACUUUUUGGCUGGAUGAAAUGGUCCAAAAACGAUUCCUACAAACCCACAAGAUACCCUGGAUCAGAAGUAGUUACAAAAACCCUACUGAGGGAAUUGAAAUGGCACCUGAAAGAGCGUGAAAGAUUAGUACAAGAGAUUGAAAGUGAACAAAAAGUCCAGAAGACUGGCAUGGAUUACAACUGGCUGAAGAACUACCAAAACCCUCAAGCAACAAUUCCAGCUACUGAGCAACGACAGCUUGAAGUUCUGUGUUCACAAAUCCAGCCUUGCCAAACAGGGACUGUUCUCAGCAGAUUUCGUGAAGUUUUGGCAGAAAAUGAUGUUUUACCCUGGGAAAUAGUCUACAUAUUCAAGCAAGUUAUAAAAGAUUUUCUAACUACCAUCGAGAGAGAAAACCAACAAGACCGACUGGUAGACGCAUGGAAUACAAAUUGCUCUGAACAUUACAGCCUGCGUGGAGACAGUUCGAGCAAACCAGACAAAGAUGAAAUCCCCACAGUUUCAAGUUAUGUUGACAAAACCACACAAAGCAUGUUUCCCACCUUUUCUCACAGAAUCUGGAAUCUACCCUAUUACUACCCAUCAAGUUAAGCUGGUUUGUGUUUCUUUCAAAAAGAUCCGUAGCCAUUC